UGACAAAGCAGGAAAUGAAACUCAACCAGAACCAACAGCUUUUGUUUUCGAUUUCGUGACCAAGCUGCAGGUGUGUCCGAGUUUUACCUGCUAGUUUAGCAGAUAUGGGUGAUCUUCCUGUAAACCCGCUGGUUUUGGUUGGUGUCGGGUCCAGCUUUGCCUUCUCUGGCCUUUUCUAUCAUCUAUACCAAGAAAAGAAAAAAGAGUUGGAAAAGCUGAAGGAAAUACCCAUUUUCAAGCCAGAUCAACAUUUGGUCAGAGUGCUAAGAGCAUCUCCCCAUAAGCGACUUCAGUAUGUUGCUGUAGAAGGUCUGGUCCAGGCGGAUGGGGAGCCUCUGGCCAGCCAGUUUGUCCCACGAUGCUUCGGUGUGAUUCAGAAGAUAGCAGUUGAGGAGCACUGGAAAUUCUGGAACUCCAUCACCAAGACAUGGAAUUCUCGAACAAUGAACAGAAAAGAAACCAACAACUCUGUGCCUUUCAGUCUGGUCAGCCCUGGAGCCUACAUCACUGACUUGUAUGUGAAGAUUCAAAACCCUCUAGAGGCCUCUGGGUGCUACCUGGACAGGGUUUAUUUCAAUGUAAGACGUGCUGAGGAGGGCUUGGGGAACUUGGUGAUGCAGGGCCUCAGCGGGGAGAAACCAGUGGCGAUGGAGGAGAGCGAGGAGCUGCUGCGUGUGGGGAGCACCCUGACUGGUUUUGGUGAGGUGGUGCUGGAGGGGGGCCAGGUGAUGAGGCUGCAGGCCCCGCAGGACGGCCGCAAGUUCAUCCUGGUGCCCACUGACUACAGGAGCUUCAUGGACAGGCACGAGAGAUCAGCCAGCAUGUGGAAGAUGCUGACUGCUGUUACUGGCAUCACAGGGGCUUCGCUUCUAGCCAAGGUCAUUUACGGCUUGGUGGGAAAACAGGAUGACAGGUCAAAGUAGGCUUGAAGACGUGGAUACUGCGGGGUUAACGGCCUUAACAGCUUUUUGGGCGCCCCAUUACUGCCUCCGGUGUUUUAUUUAAGAUUCCAUGGCACUACCCUGAUGCUAACAUAAUUUGUCACUUGCCAUAUUGCAAGGUUAUAAAGCUGUGAGGGGGCAAAACACAACAAUAUUGGAUGAAAUAUGACACACAUAGAAAGCACAACAUUUUAGAAAGACAAUUGCAAAUUAGACAAUACAAAAACUUACUUUACAAAAA